AACCGUGUGCUAGACUAUGAGACCGAGAGGUAAUUAGCUCACAUGUGGUAGUGGAGGAAGAGAAGAGAGUUAGUAGCUCCCCCUUCUUAAGCUAGAGGUCUAACCAUGAAUCGAGUUGCCAUAGGUACUUAUGUGAGUUAUCAUUGGCUUGCGCCAGAGAUAAGAGCACAAGUUGAAGCAAUAACUAUCAAUUGGGAUGUAGAACUUGACAAUGAUGAACUUGAACGAAUUCAAGCAGUCAUUGAAAGGAUCGAAUUAAGGAAGGCUUGAAUAGAACGAUCAAAUAUCACUUGUGAAUGGUGUGGAUUAGACCAUUUUAGUUCUGAUUGUUUAUUUAAACGAUAUAACAAGUGUGUUGAUUUUUCUUGUGAGUUUUAUAGUCAGCAAUAUAAUUCUUAUCCCAAU